CUGAAAGACAAAAAUAAUACAAAUAGAUGCCCGGAACAUCAAGAAAUGGAAAAUUGAAUUUGUAAUUAUUCCUCAGACUGUGGAUUUUUCUCCUGCUUCUGUCUGAGAGGUGCCUGCCCUAAUCCUAGAGUAGCCCCCUCUGUCUUUCCUCUGCCCUCAACUUUCACAUAAGUUGAUUUCUACCCAGCGUUCAGCCUGGCCGGCACAACCAUUCCAGCUAAGGGGGAGGAGGAUUUUCUUACGCUGGCCGCCUCCCGGCUCAGCCGCAAGAAACGUGUCAUCGGGGCUGGAGUCGGCGUGGCCAUGGUCCUGGUUCUGCUGGUGGCCAUUCCCCUUUUGGUCCACACCACCAAAGGGGGAGGCUCCGGAGGAGGGGUCACGCAAUACGAGAUGCUCGGGAGCUGCAGGAUGGUGUGUGACACUUUCACCCCCCCACAGGGAGAGCUGACAGCCGUCUCCCCUCAGCCCCCAGACUUCUCAAACCGCAGGGGAAAACAAGGGUUCAGAGGGACCCCUGGACUUCCUGGCCCUGCAGGUCCCAAGGGGCCCCCUGGAGAGCCGGGCAAGCCUGGCCCACCUGGUCCACCAGGGCCCGGGCCCGGUGGCUAUGGCCCCUCAUUCUACAGCCCCAAAAUAGCCUUCUACGCAGGCCUUCGAAAACAACACGAAGGGAGUGAGAUACUAAAGUUUGAUGACGUGGUGACCAAUGUAGGGAACUACUAUGAGCCAAGCACCGGCAAGUUCACCUGCCCUCUGCCAGGUAUCUACUACUUCACGUACCAUGUCCUGAUGAGGGGUGGUGAUGGUACGAGCAUGUGGGCUGACCUGAAGAAGAACGGACAGGUGAGGGCCAGUGCGAUCGCUCAAGACGCAGAUCAGAACUACGACUACGCCUCCAACAGUGUCAUCCUGCACCUGGAUGUGGGGGACGAAGUGUGUGUGCAGCUGGACGGUGGCAAAGUUCACGGGGGAAACACCAACAAAUACAGCACCUUCUCUGGCUUCCUCAUCUACCCCGACUGACAGUGUACUCAUGUUUAUAUACUCUCUCUCUCCUGUAAUCAAGCAGAAAGUCUCCUCUCCAUCCUACAUCUAACGCACCAAGCUUCCAUUACGUCAUUCGUCGUUUCAACGCUCUUCACCACGCGAGACAUGAAAUAACAUGAUCACAGUUAAUAACAAGAGUUUGAAUAUUAUAUUGUAUAUACUACCACUUAACAUUUAGCUCUGAUACACACGCUUGUGUAACCUGUGCCAUGUACAGUAUGUGUAAGCAUGGCUAAAAUACAUUUAACUUUAACAUCUGCUCCACAUGCACAAUUUUGUUCGUACACACACACACACACACACAGGCAUGAAAACACACACCUACUGAACUUCUCAGUUUUUACACUGACCCAAGAUGGCUGUUUCAGCCACCGGUCGGAAAUCGACUGAGAUGAUCUCUGAAUGGAGACUGUAAAUCGAAGUGUGUGUAUCUGGCUGCAGCCUCUCACCUUCACUGGGAGAUGGAUUUUCAAUAUGGCCGUUGUCACAGAACGAAAAGAGUCAUGAAUACAUUGAUCGCAGCCGAUUACACAGCCGACACCACAAUCAUAUCAGUGUGCUGUAUGUCUGUGUUCAUGCCCAGUGUGCGUGUAUAUGGGUGUGUGUGUGUGUGUGUGUGUGUGUGUGUGUGUGUUUGUGUGUGUGUUGGCUCUUAAAAGCAUCACGUUUGCUCUCAGUUUGACUCGCACAGUCUCUGACUCCUGUUUAGGGAGUUGGUGUCGAGUUGUCGGUAACAGUCCCUUAACACACACAGUAUAUCAAUAUUGAGGUUUAAGCGUUGAGAUUUUCCCUGAGCCGAAGCUUAUGACAGCGCUUCAUUACGUCCCGCUAAUGAGCUGAGGCUUCUUCUCUUGCCUCACCUGUUCAGUCAAUCCAUACUGGCAUCCAUAGUGGGCAGUAUGAUAAGGACGUGUUGUCUGAUCAUGUUGACGGCCACAGUAGAGGGAGGAUCAAAAUCAGAGCAUACACAAGUUGAAUCUGUUUUUUUUUUCCCAGUGAGUCAUUUUCAACACCACGAAAGCACUGGAAACUAAGAAGCUCUCUCAACUCGCCGGCCUGCCAGUGUUGCAUAAUUCUUCUUCACUAAAUGAAGAAGAAAAAAAUAAAUCGCAGUUGCAUGUUGAUCCCAAAAUUUCGCAAUCGAUAAGUGAAAAAACCUUGGUGCCCCAAAACUUCAAUUUGAGUUAAAAUGGCGUAAAAAAAAAAAACUGUGCCUAGACAAGAUGUGCGUCUUCCCCCGGGUGUCAUGUCUCCGUCACUGCUAAUCUGAGCUGCAGCGGAUUCAAACCUGUGUCAUUUGACCUGGGAGUCAAUGUUACUUGUAUACAUUCUCAAUGCAGACAUUACCCAGUGGGAAAGGGGCUAUAGAGAGUGAGGAUAUCUAUUUUUUAAUGUUGGGUUAACAAAACACAUUGUCAGACCGUCUCUAGAUGGCAUUCGUAGAGUUGUAGUGUGUGAAUGCAAAAAAAAGAAAACGACAGAGAGAAGUUCAAUCCUUGGAUCUGAACAGUUCUAAUCAUGAGAUAAAGUUAACGUGAUUGUCGGAUUGACAGUUUUGAGAAGUUAUGGCCCAAGGGAAACCUGGCUCUGGUAUAAUCUGCCAUACAGUACUCACUAGUCAGCAUUUAUACCUCAUUUGCACAGCCUGGUUUCGCUGCCUACUGACUGAGCCAGGCUAGCCGUUUCCCCCUGUUUUUAGUCUUUAUGCUAAGCUAACCUAGCCGGCUGCUGGUUCCAGCUUCAUAUUUACAGACAUGAGAGUGAUUUCAAUCUUACCAUCUGACUCUGCAAGAAAAUGAUGAAUCAUAUUUCCCAAAAUGUCAAACUACUUUAUCUAAUUUCAUGGUGAAUGUACCCACAUGCAGAUGUUAAUGUUUUACUGCCAUACAUAUAGAUUUUCUGUGCCUUACACUUUCUACUUGAUUUAGAUUUGUUAUGCAUGAGACAGGAUUCCAAGUGGACAAGGACAUUCCAUGUAAUAAUUGUUAACUCACACAAUGACAAUGCAGAUACUAAUUGUGGACACAGACUUUGAUUGUUUCUGUGUAACUGGAGGUGAAAGUCGCUGCUAUAAAUAGAAAAUAAAAAACCUAAAUGGAGGUCAGGGUUCACUCUGUAUGCAUUUUACUUUGUAAUUAAAAAUUUGUAUCAAGGGAAAUUGUAAAAAAAAUUAAAAGUAUAUUGAUGUAGCCAAAAUAUUAUAUUUACAAAUUCUAUUCUUUUUUCUUUUAUUACAUUAUAUUUAAAUGGGAUGUAUGUCAAACUAAUUGGAACACACCUAUUGUAGUUUUAGAAGAAGAGAGCUUUGUAUCGGCCCAGUAUCAUACGUGCUCAUCUGUGUGACAGUGACACAGAUCCAGCCCUGAGGCCUGAUAGCAUGACAUUACCCCGAUGAGACUUGGAUGUGAACUGUCUGAUUGACUUGUGUUGUGAUUUAAAAAACAAAAAACACCCUGACAUCUUGUGUAGUAUACACAGCCAUUACUGCUGAGUGGCUUUACAUAACCCCUUUGCCAUGCUGCAUCCCUACUGUGUGUGUUUUCUGGAGCUGUUACCUUUGUUCAUGAGUGUGGAUGUGGACUCAUUGUUGUCACUGUACCAGCAGAGUUGUGUGUAUUUGUUAUGUAUGAAAUCAGCAAAGAUUUUUCUCUGGCCACAAACCAUAAUAAAGAAGAAAAGCCAGGAUUAUUUUUGCUGUGAGAAAACUCCCCAGCAGUUUCUCUAUUCUUCAUUCAU